AACAUAAUAUUAUAAUCGUUCUCGUCAAAUGCAAACCGUUGUGGGUAAUACAUCGCCAGACAUCAUCGGUCGCGAACGCAGUGCAGAAUAACCGGUUGGUGAACCUAUAUAUACUAUUUAUAUUCGAUAUUAUAUUAUUUUCAUCACAACCUUAAAAGUUUUUCGUGCUUCGUCGACAUGCAGGAUUCCACGGUGCUCAAUAUGAAAAUGUACCUGUUGGAUGGAAGUUUUAUCAGUGGAAUUUUGCCAUACGUUGAGUAUGACAGCGUCAUGAAACAUCCACUUUGGGGUUCUAAUUUGAUUUUUAACAACGAAGAAGCUGUUGUUAAAGCUCACAGAGACUAUAUCAGAGCUGGAGCGGAAUUUCUGACCACCAACACUUACCAGGCGAGUAUCGAAGGCUUUCAAAAAUACUUGAACUUAAACUAUGAUCAGAGUUUCCAAUUGAUUAAAAAAUCUGUCACAAUUUGUCGGCGAGCAAUAAUGGAAGAAAGUUCUGGGAGGACAAUUCGAAUAAUGGGAUCUGUUGGUCCGUACGGCGCUUCACUGUGUGAUGGUUCCGAGUACAAUGGAAAUUAUAUAGGCAAAAUUGAUUCAAAAGAUCUGUACGAUUGGCACAAGCCUCGGAUCCAAGCACUGGUUGAGGCUGGUGUCGAUGUAGUACUUUUUGAAACAAUUCCUUCGAUCAUCGAGGCUAACAUUUUGCUAAACAUAUUGGCCGAGUAUCCAAAUCAAAAAGCAUGCUUGUCGUUCUCGUGUAAGGACAGUGAACACUUGAGUCACGGAGAAACAUUUGCAAGCGCUGUUGAAAAAUUCUGGACAAAUGAUUCACGAAAACAAUUAAUUGCCAUAGGCAUGAACUGUAUGGACCCACAACUCAUAACACCACUUUUGACGUCCGUAAAAACUGAGAAUGUCAAUUUCAUAACUUAUCCAAAUGGAGGUGGAGUAUGGGAUGCCGUUAAAAAAUGCUGGGACAAUACUCAAAUGUAUCAAGUUUCUAUCGACGAUCUAAACUUGUGGAGUGAAAAAGGUCUGAAAAUAAUUGGAGGUUGUUGUAACACUGGUGUAACAGAAAUAUCACGUAUCAGAAACUUAAUUGACAAUUUAUCUUCCUAAUGCAAACACCUAAAUAUGUAUUAUUAUUCAUUUUUGAACUAAUAUUAAUUGUAAGUUAUUCUAUUGAAUAUAAGAUAUAUCAUGCUACAAUAUUUGUUUAAAAAUAAAACAUACGUCUAUUGGAAUUAACUAAAUAUACCCGCUAUAAUAUCUUUGUAUUAGGUACUUAAUAAAUAAAAUUACACAAAAA